UGUCGUUGUGUCAAUGUUGUCAAAACGUAACGCUGCAGACAGAGUUUGUUUUAACCAUAACCUAAAACUAGACUUUAAGACUGCAAAAAUAGUAUACAAUUGGAUUUAUUCAGCCUAGCACAAAUAUUGUUUGCCAAUUUAACAGAAUAAGUGCAUCUGUCCUGAUGGUCCGCCAAAGGAAAAAGAUAUCCUUGGAUACUGUUCGAGAGCUUGACUCAUUUCCUAAACUACCAGAAACCUUUGUUGAAACUUCAAGGGUCGGUGGAACAUUUUCUAUACUUACAUGUGGGCUGAUUUCAUGGCUGAUAUACUCGGAGGUCUCGUACUAUCUGCAGAGUAGAUUUAUCUUCAAGUUUGCUCCUGACACGGACUAUGAUGCUAAAGUGAAAAUCAAUGUUGAUCUCACAGUCGCCAUGCCUUGUGUCCAUGUAGGAGCUGAUAUAAUGGACUCUACGGGCCAGUCGGUGUCGUCUUUUGGCAGUUUAGAAGAGGAGGAUACCUGGUUUGAACUGUCCUCAGACCAGAGAAAAUAUUUUGAUAGUAUGAGAUACAUGAACUCAUACCUCCGGGAGGAGUUUCAUGCGAUCCAGGACCUUCUGUGGAAGUCUGGGGAGACCAACAUGUACGGAAGGUUGCCGAAAAGGAAAUACAACCCGAUAACGCCACCAGAUGCCUGUCGCCUGAACGGCACAAUCACUCUGAACAAGGUGGCAGGCAACUUUCACAUCACUGCUGGUCAGGCCCUCGCCCUCCCGCAAGGUCACAUUCACAUGUCAGCCUUCAUGUCCGACAGGGACUACAACUUCACCCACAGGAUCCACCGGUUCUCCUUCGGUGACCCGAGUCCUGGCAUCAUCCAUCCGCUGGAGGGUGAUGAGAAAAUUGCCCCAGACAACAUGGUCCUGUAUCAAUAUUUCAUCGAAGCGGUGCCCACAGAAGUGUCCACGUUCAUGUCAAAGUCGUACACAUACCAGUACUCUGUCAAGGAUUAUAUGAGAGUUAUCGACCACCAUCGAGGGUCACAUGGGAUCCCCGGUAUAUUCUUCAAGUACGACACAAGUGCCCUCAAGAUCAUGGUUUCCGAGGAACGAGAACCCUUGGAUCAGUUCUUGGUCAGGUUAUGUGCGACAGUAGGAGGAAUCUUUGUUACCGCAGGUUUUAUCAACAGUAUAGUUCAAUACUUAGUGAAGCUGUCGUUCAGAGUCAUGCGACCACAAUCCAAGUACUCCAGCAUGAGUACGAGCACAUUUCACAACGAUUCCACCGGGAUGCCAACUCCCGUUAUCUCCCUGGGGAACCAUGAGGAGUCGCCACCUUCCACUGUCGUCCCCACAGAGUCAUGAGAAGCACUGCAACAACCACACUAUUAAGUAUUCAACAUCUUCACUUCACCUGUCCUACCAGAAAGAAUCUCCUACUAGCUCAAGAGUUUUUCUUCAACUCUCUUCCACUGUUUUAAUUUAAGAUGAUGAAUAACCUCCACCGGACUCCACCUUUAUUUGAUAACUCAGUCUGCGGUACUGCUUACUAUUAUUCUCCUGUAAAUAAGUCAAGCAUAUAGAUAUGUUGUAUAUAAUUAGGUAUUGUAAAUAUUAUAGUGUUUUGUGAGACAAGAACAGGAAAAGUGUGGUAUCUUUUACCUCCCAUUUCAGACAAAAUUCACCCAUAAGGCAUUUAUGUGAAAUUACUACAGGAAUGAUACAACGUUUACGCUCUUUCAUGCUUAAUUGUAAUUUUCAUCAUGAGCAACACAUUGUAUUUUGUUGAUUUCUUUAACUUUAAACGGAUUUGUUAAUAUUUAUACAUCACUACACUAAACUUCACAUCUGAUUACUGUAUAUACUGUAUACAGAUAAAGUAUAAAGCUAAAAAACAUGAAUUGAUAGAGAACAAGUUCGUGCAAGGUACAACGAUGAGUGUAUUGUGUUCUGAAAUUCAAAUCCAGUUGGGCUUUUGGGAAACAAUAGUUAUAUUUCUCGGAAUGUUAAGAGUUAGCUAAAAGUUAUCUAAGGUAGUAGUAGUAGAGGAACAAAAAUCUAUAAAUGAAAAAAUUACUUUGAAUUAAAUUGUAAUUUAAUAAUUAUAUAAAUUCUGAUAAUAUUAUCAGUCCAGAAAUUCAAAAUUUCAACAGCCAGUACAUAGGCUGCAAUUAUAAGGUUUGUGCAACAAGUUUGCAACGUAAUGAAGAACAUUUUACACGUUUGUUGUAAAAAUGGUCUAUUGCAAACAGACUUGACACGUUGCAAAUUUAAAUGUUUGUUUCCACUAAAUUAUGGUAAACAAUGUAGCUUCCUUUGACCUUUUUUAAUAAUAUGUUUCACCCCAUUCCCACUCUGAGCAAUGAUGGCUUGAGAUCACCUUAUCUGCUUACGGAGUACAUGGUAGGCUGUAGUAUAAGUUUGUAUGUAGCUAUAUAAAAUAUUUUAUUUUGUCAUUCAUGAAGUCUCUCAGAGCCUUGUACAUCUCUGAUACAAACAGAAUAUUGCAUUCUUUGUUAAAAGUUUGUUAUUGACGAUGGAAGGAUUGAAAGGGUAAUAGAAUUUCGGACAUUUGCCAUUGUUAUAUUUAAAAAAAAAAGUACAACACUACAUUUCCAGGAUUGAAUGAUACAACACUAUUCAAUCCUCGAAACAUAGGGUAAUAAUUUUUUAUAGAAUAUUGCACUUAUGAGAAUUUUUAACUAAAUCCUGUAUAAGAAUUGUCACUUCCUAAAAACACUUUACCGCUAUUCCUUGCUCUUGAUCUAAACCCGAGUGCAGCGGGGAAGACGGUUGAGGGCCUGGCCUGUACAACCAUCACUUUGCCUCAGCCACCCGUGGAACUAACACAGACCUUCACUAUCAUGUCUGAAGGUACGGAGUUUGAAUCUUUAGAUGGACACAUCAGUCUGAAUUUUGUUACUUUCUUCAUGUUACCAAAUUGUUUUUUGAAAAAACUUAAUCUCCCUUGGUUUGAGUAGUUGGUGUAUCCUUAUCUCUUUUUUGGUAGUGAAAAUUUUUUUAAACACUCGGCUUGGUGUGCCUGGUUUUUUACUGUAAGUCAUUUAAUUCCCUUAGGACAUUUCUGGAGGUAGUUGUCAGAGUUUGUGGCCUGUCUUUGCGGCGCUACUUCUUUGACAGUAAAAGCUUAUCAUUACCAUCUCUUCCUUUGAUAUCUUACUCUCUGAUGAUACUGGUAGGCAGGAACUGUGUCUCCGCUGGAUAGGAAGACUCGAGAUGUGGCGAGUUGCGAUACUGGGGAGUGCUGAGCCAGUCAGAGUCUGUGGGAACAUGGCAGCGGCCAGCUUUGAGAUCAGCCAGAUACUCUGCUGAACUUCUCCUUCUACCUUAUCUUCUCAUGGAAACACCUUGCCUAUACUGUAUGAAGGAACCGUUCUGAAAUCCUGUUAUCUUUUCAAACCUUCCAUCAUCAAUAACAAACUUCAAACAAAGAAUAACAACACUACUCAAUUCUUUUCACUGUAUUCACACAAGCAUACCUACUAUCAGCUGUUAAAAAUCUAUUUAAUAUGGUAUAUUUUUGGCCAAAAAAAGAAAAUAGAUAUAGCAAUUUGUUUUUUCUAGAUAACAAAAUUUUAUUGGUAGUAGACAAAAACUUGGUUGGAAUAGUUUUUGAUUAUAUCACAAGAAAACCGCACAUGAUAGACUGCAGGCACGUGUAUAUGGACAUCAAAGAGUAUGUCGAGGUCUUGACAUUGUAUAGAUUGCAUUGCACUAUACAAUGUCAGACCAUGUAAAGGGGUUAAUCAUGAAAGUAUCAAUCAUACUAUAUCACUGAAUUUUAAAAUUACAAAAAAGCGACGACCUGUAAACUCUACUUUACAAACUAUGAAGAGUUGCAACGGUUUUCUUUUAAUUUUAGUUUUAGUAUUAUGCAAAGCAAUAUUAUACAGUAGAACCUUACUUUUAAAAUAUUGUCAUGAUUGUGUAACCACAUAUUUUAUAUUGUUAAACCAACAGAUAAUUUUUAAUUUUGGAACACUGAUUAAUACAACUUUUCUAUUUCCUAGAUUAUCCAUUCUUAUUAAUCAGUUCUUCAGUUACACAUAUAGCCUACUAUAUCGAUAAUCGGCUGUGAAUAGCAUCAGAAAACUUAUAUGUAUUUAUAUUGGUUUUGUAAAUAAAAUUUGUUGAAAACAA